UGGUUCUUACCUUCACUCAUGAUCCUGUUAACAUCCGCUGACUUGUUUGCUCUUUCUGCGCACGCACUUCACGUUACAGACGCAAACACACCAAACACACACAGGCACCAUGGCGGACGUGUUGGACCUUCAUGAAGCGGGAGGAGAGGACUUUCCUAUGGAUGAGGAUGGUGAUGAGAGCAUCCACAAGUUAAAAGAGAAGGCAAAGAAAAGGAAGGGACGAGGCUUCGGCUCAGAGGAAGGAGCCAGGUCCAGAAUCAAAGAGGACUACGAUACUGUUGAACAGGACGGAGACGAGCCAGGCCCUCAGAGAUCUGUGGAGGGAUGGAUCCUGUUUGUGACCGGUGUGCAUGAAGAGGCCACCGAGGAGGACAUCCAUGACAAGUUUUCAGAGUUUGGAGAAAUCAAGAACCUUCAUCUCAACCUUGACCGCAGAACAGGUUACCUUAAGGGUUACGCACUGGUCGAGUAUGAGACGUACAAGGAAGCCCAGGCAGCGAUGGAGGGUCUUAACGGUCAGGACCUGAUGGGCCAACCUAUCAGCGUCGACUGGGGAUUCGUCAGAGGGCCCCAAGAACAAGAGGAGGACUGGCGGACGGAGACGCAGCAGAAGUCCAGACAGGAGGCGGCGUUGAGUUUUUUGCAGCUGUAAUUAAAUAGAGGAGUUGUCCGUCACUUUGACGGGCAAUAAUUCUUUCUCCAUUAGAAACUCAUUUCUGUUUUUUCGUACAACAUUUUGGCUUCAAGUUGAGCCAUUCCCUCAAUUCCUACGGUGAAGAAUUGCUCAUAAGAGAAUAAACAACUAACAUUUUCAGUCCUUUGCAUAACAGGAUGAUGAUAAUACAGCUGUGUCAGUUUAAGUGUUUACUCUGAACAGUAACCUGUAGUGUUGCAUUUAGAUAAUUUUCCUGAUUCCUUAUUUGUUUCUGCAGUUUUUUCAAUGUACUGUGCAUUUUAUUGUGCUGGAGUGUUUUGUUUUAUAUCACUUGGGGAAAUAUUAAACUUUUUAAAAGUCC